AUGGCGGACGACAAGCUUCGCCGACAACGUUUGUGGAAGAGCAUGCAGCAACGAGGCUUGCAGAAGUUCAUGCACCAACGGCCGGGUGAUUUCCUCCGCCGCGCCAAGAAGGGCAUUCCCGCGGAGUACCGCGCGGAGGUUUGGAAGACUGCGCUGAAGGCGGAUGCCCAUGCAAAGGCGGGCCUCUACAAGGAGCUGCAGAUGGCUGAGAAUGAGUUUUUGCACCUCAUCGAGAUCGACAUCCCAAGGACCUUCCCAGAAGACCCGAAGUUCGGUCCCCGGCAGCAAGAAAGUUUGUUUCGCAUCUUGAAAGCCUAUGCGAACCUUUGUCCAGAUGUGGGAUACUGCCAAGGGAUGAACUUCAUCGUGGGGCUUUUGCUUCUGGUCGCGCCUUCUCCUUCUCACCUGACGGUUGGUGGCUUUUUCUGCGUCCAGGAGACAUUUUGGAUGUUCUUCAGCCUCAUGGAGUGUAGUCAUCUCAACGGCUUCUACCGCCGGCAGUUCCCCCUCCUCAAGCGUCCAGCGAUGUGUUGGGCAAAUCUGAAGAGCCAGAAGAGCCGCGGGUUCCGCCGGGCUGGAUGCGGCGUGGCUUGCUGGUUGGCAUGCAUUGUGUGCUUCCAACCUGGGCAUCUCGGCUAUGUCGGGAGCACUGUCCACUUGUGCCAUCGUGGGGCCAAGCUGCAGACCACCACCAUGCUGGUGCGUGAAAGGAGAGGAACCUUGUUGCCCAAGACCACUGAUGUCAAGACUGCAGGUGGUGAGAGGUCAAAGGCCUCCUCCUUUGCAUCAGAUGGUGAGAAGGAUGCUCGGAGAUUGACAUCUCAGAUAAAGAAGGUCCUGACGCCAGCUGAGUUGCUUGGCAUUUUGGAUGAAUCUGUGGAUGCUCCAUACUUCAACUGCUUCCACGUUUCAGCUGCCUACCACAGGUUGGCAAUCUUUCAGAGGAAAGGCCGGUUGCCUAGCAACUACGUGGACAGUGCAGUGCUGCCCAAACUCCACGCUCGAGUUGAGAACAUGAUCAAACUGAGGCAAAUGGAUGCACGAGCUUCCGCAAACGCGCUUUGGGCAAUGGCGGUGCUACUUGGUGCUGUGCCUUCAGCGACCACCUUGAUUCCUGCUUUGCUCGAAGACGUUCUGGCCGAAGCCAGCAGAAUGACUGCUCGACAUUUGUCCAACUGCUUGUGGGCAGCAGCAGAUAUGAAGGAUCUUGUACCUGAUGUACUAAAGAUAGUGCCAGCGCUGGUUGCCCACAUCCCAGGCAAGGCUGGCGACAUGAAUUGUCAAGACUUGUCCAACUGCAUGUGGGCAUCAGCGCAAUUGAAAGAUGCGGCGCCUGAUGUGCUGAAGAGUGUGCCAGCACUCGCCGCCCAGAUUCCAAUCAACACUAGCGGCAUGUUUGAGCAAGACUUAUCUAACUGUUUGUGGGCAUCAGCACAUUUGAAGGAUCUUGCUCCUGAUGUGUUGAAGGUUGUGCCAGAGCUGGUUGCCCACAUUCCAGGCAAGGCUGCUGAGAUAAUGAUUCCUCAAGGCUUCUCCAACUGUUUGUGGGCAUCAGCACAAUUGAAAGAUCUCGCUCCUGAUGUGCUGAAUGUUGUGCCAACACUCAUCGCCCAAAUUCCAAGCAAAGCUGGUGACAUGAAUCCUCAAGAACUGUCCAACUGCUUGUGGGCAUCAGCACACUUGAAGGAUGUCGCUCCUGACAUGCUGAAGGUCGUGCCAGCACUAGGUAGCCAAAUUCCAGGCAAGGCUGUUGACAUGAACGCUCAAGAAUUGUCCAACUGCUUGUGGGCAUCAGCACGUUUGAAAGAUGUUGCUCCUGAUGCGGUGCGAGUUGUGCCACCGCUCGUUGCCCACAUUCCCGGCAAAGCUGGCCAGAUGAUAGAAAAAGGCUUGUCCCAGUGCCGGUUGGCAUUGGAAGAGUUGAAGGAUGUAGCGCCCGAAGUGCUGAAGAUCGAACCUGCCAUACGAGCAAGGACUCCCUAUGUUGGCGAAACCAUCCACCUGUGCCAUCGUGGGGCCAAGCUGCAGACCACCACCAUGCUGGUGCGUGAAAGGAGAGGAACCUUGUUGCCCAAGACCACUGAUGUCAAGACUGCAGGUGGUGAGAGGUCAAAGGCCUCCUCCUUUGCAUCAGAUGGUGAGAAGGAUGCUCGGAGAUUGACAUCUCAGAUAAAGAAGGUCCUGACGCCAGCUGAGUUGCUUGGCAUUUUGGAUGAAGCGGUGGACGCACCGUACUUCAACUGCUUUCACGUUUCAGCCGCCUACCACAGGUUGGCAAUCUUUCAGCAGAGCGGGUCGUUACCUCGAAACUGUGCUGAAAGCACGGUCCUCCCGAGGCUGAAUUCUCAAGUUGAGAACAUGCUCAUGCUGGAGCAACUGGAUGCACGAGCCACCGCUAACGUGCUUUGGGCAUUGGCAGUGCUGCUGGGCGCCGUGCCCUUGGUGACAAGCUUGAUUCACGACUUGGCUCAAGAUGUUCAAGACAAAGCCAGUGAACUGAAUACUCAUGAUUUGUCCAACUGCUUGUGGGCAUCAGCAAAAUUGAAGGAUGUCGCUCCUGAUGUCCUGAACGUGGUGCCAGCACUCAUUGCCCAAAUUCGAGGCAAAGCUGGCGACAUGAUUCCCCAACAGUUGUCCAACUGCUUGUGGGCAUCAGCACAUUUGAAGGAUGAUGCUCCUGAUGUGCUGGACAUUGUGCCAGCGCUGGCUGCCCACAUUCCACGCAAGGCUAGUGACAUGAUUCCUCAAGCACUGUCCAACUGCCUGUGGGCAUCAGCGCAUUUGAAAGAUGAUGCUGAUGUCCUGAACGUGGUUCCAGCACUUAUUGCCCAAAUUCCAGGUAAAGCUGGCGACAUGAUUCCCCAACAGUUGUCCAACUGUUUGUGGGCAUCAGCACGUUUGAAGGAUGUCGCUCCGGACGUGCUGAAUGUUGUGCCAGCACUCAUUGCCCAGAUUCCAGGCAAGCUUGGUGAGAUGGUUCCUCAAGAAUUGUCCAACUGCUUGUGGGCAUCAGCACAUUUGAAGGAUGAUGCUCCUGAUGUGCUGGACAUUGUGCCAGCGCUGGCUGCCCACAUUCCACGCAAGGCUAGUGACAUGAUUCCUCAACAGUUGUCCAACUGCCUGUGGGCAUCAGCGCAUUUGAAGGAAGUGGCUCCUGAUGUGCUGAAGGUCAUGCCAGCACUUGUUGCCCAAAUUCCAGGCAAAGCUGGCGACAUGAUUCCCCAACAGUUGUCCAACUGUUUGUGGGCAUCAGCACGUUUGAAGGAUGUCGCUCCGGACGUGUUGAAGGUCGUGUCAGCACUCGCUGCCCGCCUUCCAAGCAGAGCUGUUGACAUGAAGCCUCAAGGAUUGUCCAACUGUUUGUGGGCAUCAGCACAUUUGAAGGAUGUCGCUCCUGACGUGCUGAAAGUCGUGCCAGCACUUCUUGCCCAAAUUCCGGGCAAAGCUGGCCAGAUGACAGAAAUAAAUUUGUCCCAAUGCAGAUGGGCUGUGGAAGAGUUGAAGGAUGUAGCACCCGAAGUGCUGAAGAUCGAAGCUGCACUCAUGGCGAGGUACCUUUGGGCUUUUGAAGAGCUGUUGUCCACCACCCUGCCUGAGUUGCAGCAGCACUUCCUGAAAGAGAAUCUGCAGCAUGCAGUUUACCUGCAUCAGUGGUUCCUGACUCUCUUCAUCAGUAGUUUGCCGCUGCCUAUGGUGCUCGUCUUUUGGGAUGCCGCUUGGCCAGUGGGGUCGGCUAAGCAGCUUGACAGGUGGGAAGAGGGCAUCUCUCUCCCAGUUUUUGAAGUGAGUAGCACAGCUGUGGAGAGUGGUGGGAGCAUUCAAUUGAUCAAUUGA